CUUGUGCAUCAAGCCUGUGCACACCUAAUUCAGAACUCUUGACAACAUUUUUUUUUUCAGUAUUUUUGAGCUCCGAUGUGAUUUUUUUGUCGUUACCAAAUAAUUAUUAUUGGCAAUGAUCAAGUCACUCUUGCUGAUUGCCGCCGUUGCUGGUCGCCUGGCCGUAACAGCCGGAGACGGUUCACCAGAAAACGUCAAGUACACCGAUGUAGCGUUGGACGAUAAUACAGACACCGUAUCAGACUUCAGCGAAUUUUCAAAUGAUCAACCACCCAGCCAAUCUAUCGUAUUUCCAGACUACAAACGAUUUGCAAACAAAACGGGUCUAAAUACAAUCAAAAAAACAAAAGCCGUUUGUGAUGCGCUUUGUGAAAAUGGUGGUUAUUGUGAAGGACCAAACAAAUGCAAAUGCGUUGGUAAUUACACAGGAGAACGAUGUCAGAUAAAGCGUUCCAGUUUUCUUAAAAAUUCCGGUUAUAACGUAACUUCGGAAAAUUUAAUCAACAAACAUACAGAAAAGAAAAUCGAUUAUUCUUCGCAGACAAAUGGUGGACCAUUGGAAAAUAAUGUUGCAUUAAAUACAGAUUUGAAACAUCCAAGCCCGGCUUGUCACGGAUUUCCAAACACACCGAAGAAUUCGAAAAAGAAAUGUAAAGCGGGUGCUUGCAAGAUUAGCUGUAUUGAAGGAUACCAAUUUCCCGAUGGAUCAUCUGUAACGAAUGUGUUUUGUAAGGGUGGAAUUUGGUCACCGAGUAACGUCCAGUGGACUAUUGUACCCAAUUGUGUUCCUAUUUGCGAACCUCCUUGCCUGAACGGUGGCAACUGCAUAAGUCCGAAAACAUGUCAGUGUCCAAUAAAUUUUCGAGGUUUCCAAUGCCAAUACCCGGAAAGUUCGUGUGACGUAAUGAAAUUGAAUUUCAACGGAAAUUACAAAUGUUCUGGCGAUGAAGACAAGAAUAAAUGCACGCUCUGGUGUCCCCAAGGGUCUACCCUGCAACCUUUCGGUACAGCACAAGUCGAGUACACUUGUCUGUAUGAGACUGGGAAUUUCGAACCGAAACAAAUACCGCAAUGUGUGUUCGCUAACCAACCGAUCUCGAUGAAAGUUAUCACCUCGGUCGUUGAAGUCACUGAACAAUAUGAAAAACGUGCUGGCAGCUGUAUAAGGUGGGGUUAUGGUAAUUUCAAGACGUUUGACGGAGCAAUUUAUAGUGUCCACAGCGAAUGCACGUUCACACUGGUUAGUGAUGUUAAAUCGAAUUUAUACCAUAUUCAAGCACGUGCCCGACAAGGUCUUGUCGAAUACAUCAACAUAUUUAUCGGGGACAAUCUAUACAUACUGAAGAGAAACGAUGAUAACAGUGUAACGCUUAUGACCAAUGACAAGCCGGUCUCGAUUCCAAAUGAGUUGGUAGAUAUUGGCGUUGAAGUUAUCGGCGGACAAACAGUGCUAACCCAUUUGCGCAAUGCGAAUAUAAACAUCUUAUGGAAAUCCAACGGUAUUUUACAAUUAGACGCGGGCGUUGAAGUCUGGAACUCGACGGACGGCCUUUGCGGCAACAUGGACGGUCUGCCGAAUAACGAUUUGUCGCACAAAAGUGUUUCGGAGUUCACCAGCAAAUGGCUUGUAAACGGGUUCAAUGAAAUAUGUGACACUCCCGUUGACGAAAUAAUUAACGUCACAAACAGUGUUUUUGUCAAAGCCGAAACAUUUUGCUCGGCGUUAAAAAAGGCGCCUUUCGAAGUCUGCAAAGACAAACAAUUGACAAGUAUCGAUGCGUAUAUAGAUGCCUGCAAAAGAGAUUACAGUUAUUGUGUUACGAAAAACGACCUCGAAUGUGGUUGUAACAGUAUAGCCGUUUAUGCGAAAGAUUGUUUUGGUCAUGAUCAAAAUACGAUGGCUUGGCGAGACGAAACCCUAUGUCCUUUCAGGUGCCCCGCCGGUAAAGUGUAUUCACAGUGUUUGCCAACUGUAAAGCAAACAUGUUCUAUGCCAUUCGACGUUAAGCCCAGUAACAACAAUACAUACUGCGAGGAAGGGUGCAUCUGUCCGGUAGGAACCGUCGAAGACAAUGGAAAAUGUAUAUCCAAAGACGAAUGUCCGUGUAAAAUGAGAAAUCAAUUUUAUAAGCCCGGAGAUGUCAUAAACAAGGAUUGUAAUAAAUGCACUUGCACUGGAGGUGAAUGGAGCUGUACUAACGCCAAAUGUCAAGCAGAGUGUUAUGCUAUAGGCGAUCCACAUUAUAAGACUUUUGAUGGAAUGAAAUUCAACUUUAUGGGCGCGUGCUCGUAUUAUCUCGUUGUUUUGCCCGAGUUCGCAAUAGAGGCAGAAAAUAUACCUUGUGAUGGUACAAUGUCUCAAGAAUACGGUUACGAGACACCCGCGUACUUGGGAAAAGCCACGUGCACUAAAACCGUAACUAUACGCGUUGGGAAUAGUACUGCGAUAAAAUUAGGGCAAAACAAAUUGGUGUCGGUUAAUGGUGAAAUCGUUGAUAAACUACCGGUUAUUGUGCUAGAUGUAGCUUACAUUAGGGAAUUUUCGACGUUCUUCUUACAAGUGAUGCUGACAAACGGCAUCGAAGUGUUGUGGGACGGAGAGACGAGGCUUUACAUUCACGCCAGCCCUGAGCUCCAGGGUAAAACUAAGGGACUGUGUGGAACAUACAACGGAAAUCAAAAAGAAGACCUGCUAACUCCCGAAGGAGAUAUCGAAACAGAUGUUGUAUCGUUUGCCAACAAGUGGAAAACCAAAGAAAGCUGUAAAAACGGCAAUUUAGAAGUUGCUUUAAAAGCGCCUCAUCCUUGCGACGCAAACAUACAAUUCAAACACAUUGCUGAGAACUACUGUAGGAAUAUCACCGGUCAGCAGUUCUCGGACUGUCACACUCUAGUAGAUCCAGCUGCUUAUUACGAGGACUGUUUAUAUGAUAUGUGUUCCUGUCAACCGGGACAAUUUUCACGUUGUUACUGUCAGAUAUUAGCUUCGUAUGCCCUAGAAUGUGCUCAUCAGGGUUUGACCAUUGAUUGGAGAAAAGAAUCGAGAGAAUGCGGCGUUCAAUGUCCAGCUGGCCAACAUUAUAGCCCGUGUGGAAAUUCAUGUCAGCGUACGUGCCGCGACAUAUCUACAAUAAAUGCGUGUAAAUCAAAUUGCGUGGAAGGUUGUUACUGUUCGCCGGGAUCAGCAUUGUCAGAGUUUGGUGAAUGUAUACCCAUAUCCGAAUGUCCUUGUUAUAAUAACGGUCAAAAGUACAUGUCCGAACAAAAAAGAAUCGAAGGAUCUAACAAAGAACCGCGUUUAUGUACAUGUAAAAGUGCAGCGUGGGAAUGCCGAGCCGCUGAACAAUCUGAAGUAACUUUGUGGAAAGAAGUUGGGCCAAAUACAUGUAAUCAUGGAAAACAUUUGGAGUUUACAGAGUGUGAACCGUCAGAACCGAUUACAUGUCAUAAUAUGCAUGAUCCGCCUCAAUUUUCGCCUGCUGUUUGCUAUUCCGGUUGUAUUUGUAAAAAACCGUAUGUACUUGAUUCGUUAAGCAAAGAAUGUGUAUUACCUAGUGAAUGUCCUUGCCACCACGGUGGUAAGAGUUAUAGUAACAACGAGACGUAUUAUCAAGGCUGUAAUACUUGCAAAUGUAACUUGGGCAAAUGGAAAUGUACUAAAAACGAAUGCAAUGGAGUUUGUACGGCUUGGGGCGAUUCGCACUUUCAAACUUUCGACUCGCGUUAUUACGAUUUCCAAGGCGCUUGUGAAUAUGUUUUCGCAAAAGGAACGUUAACGACAUAUGAUACGUUUGUCGUUUCGAUAGAUGUAGUGCCGUGUGGAUCGACAGGAGCCAGUUGUAUCAAAUCAAUAACUCUAACUGUGGGCAAUGGUAACGAAGCGGACACGGUGAAUUUGAAAAGUAUAGUUUCUUUACCAAAAUUGAAGAGAAUACAAGUUAAAGAAGUCGGAAUUUUCAUAGUAGCCGAUGUGCCAGACAUUGGAUUAGUGAUUCAUUGGGAUAAGGGUACAAGAGUACACUUACAACUCGAUCCAAAAUGGAAAAGCCACGUAAAUGGUUUAUGUGGAAAUUACAACGAUAACCAAAUGGACGAUUUCCAAACUCCCUUCGGAGGAAUGCCUGAAGUGUCGUCAUUGUUUUUCGGCGAUUCCUGGAAACUUCAAUCUUAUUGUGCGAUGCCAACCGAUAUUCGAGAUGCUUGUGCUCUACAUCCGCACCGGAGACAAUGGGCGCACAAACAAUGUAGUGUUUUGAAAUCCUCACUGUUUAAAUCAUGUCAUUCCCAUGUUUCGGUUGACAAUUAUAUUCAAAGGUGUAAUUUCGAUACAUGUGCAUGCGACCAAGGGGGCGACUGCGAAUGUCUGUGCACAGCUAUCGCAGCUUAUGCACAAGAAUGUAGUUUACACGGCGUUAAUAUUAAAUGGCGAUCUCAAGAUAUGUGUCCUAUCCAAUGCGAAAACGGUACUGCCUAUGAAUCGUGUAUUUCGCCGUGUUCGUUCAAGUCGUGUGAUGACUUUUUGUCUCGGACAACGGAACUAUGCGACCGAAAGCUGUGUGUAGAAGGUUGUAUUAGACCUCAUUGUCCGCAAGGCCAAGUUUAUUUGAAUGUCUCUUCCAAAAUAUGCGUGCCGAUCAACUCUUGUAAAAUCCCAUGCAAAGUCGAAGGUAGCGAUGAACUAUUCAACGAGGGAGAUAUUGUUUUUGAGGACAAAUGUCACACAUGUUAUUGUUCGAGAAAUAAAAAAAUUUGUAAAGGCCAGCCUUGUGUUCAAACAUUCGAGCCAGAAAUAGUUUUGACGACGCCUAGUUAUGUAAUACCCGUUGUUGAAAGUCAAUGCUUGUCAGGAUGGAGUGUUUGGAUAAAAAGAAGUCAUGAGAACAAUGGGACCAAUUCCGGCUUUCAGCCUUUGCCAUCAAUAGAAGAAAUACUGAACACGAAAUCUAAUGGUCAAGGUAUGUGUUCUCCGGAAAAAGUGUCUAAUAUCCAAUGUCGUUCAUUAAACGGAAAUAACGGAGUAAAAGAUACUACUGAAAAUAUAGAAUGUAGUGUAGAUAAAGGAAUUUCGUGCCACGGGAAAUGUAACGACUACGAGGUUCGUGUGUACUGUGAAUGUGAAGGGGAAGAGGACAAUUCAGUGUUGACUGACAAUUUGGACAUUAUAAAACGAAAGAAAAACACAACUCGCAUUGUUUGUCCAGUUGGUUUAAAAUGCAAGAUCAUGUGCAAUCAGAUUUGUCAGUCAUUCGAAAAUGAAAUAAAAACCACAAGUGUUUGCGAAUCUCCGCAACAUUGUAUAUCUGGUUGCGUUGAAACAAUUGAACAGAAUGAUAUUUGCCCAGAAGGUUCGAUGUGGAGAGAUAAAGACACUUGCGUCCAUAAGAGCGAUUGCACUUGUUAUUCCAGAAACGGUACCCAAGUGAAGCCCGGUGGUAUUUAUAAAGAAGACUCGUGCACUGUUUGCCAAUGUUUGAACAACGCUUAUGUGUGCGACGACUCGUCUUGUAAAAUUCAUGAAAUAUUCAGCAAUGAAAAAACAGAAUUCACAACUACAUCAUCUUACGAAACGACAAAUAACCAAGAGCUUUCGACACCGAAUUUGAUUGUUAGUGAAUUGCCAUUACUGUUUACUGAGACAACGCCGUCGUCGACCGAAUUCACAAGCAAAACGAAUAUCAUCGAAACUAGCAGUCAACUGCCAACAGAGUUCACUUCACAAAGUACUGCCAACACACAAGAUUACUUUAGUCAAAAUUUAGAAACAUCGACACACCACAACAUAGUUUAUGUACCUUCAACAGUAUCUGAACCGGCUCUCCAUUGUGAUAUCAACCAAGUUGAAAGUAUAUCUUCAAAACUCGAACCGUCAUCAUUUAACGCUAGUUCUUGGUACAGUUCCAACACUGAACCGUAUUACGCACAGUUGGAUUCUGAAGACAAUGGAUAUUGGAGACCAGCGAAAUCUAGCGAAACUGAGUACUUGCAAAUGGACUUGGGCCAGGCGGAAACAAUUUAUGGUAUAGAAGUAACUGGUAGCCCAACACACGAUGAAUAUGUCACUAGCUAUCUCGUGGCACAUAGUUUAGACGGUGUUGGCUUUAGUUUCGUGUCGUAUAACGGUCAGCCGAAGAUUUUCCGAGGACCUCAUGCUCAUAAUAAAGUAGAAAAACAAAUACUAGUAUCGCCAAUCGAAGCUAGAUAUAUACGAGUUCUGCCUAAGAGUUGGCAUAAUGAGAUAGCAAUUAAGUUGGCACUUUUGGGAUGUCCAAUCAAAUCGACUACAUUUAAUCAUGAAUUUUCUACAACUCUUGAACCUACUCUCAAACCUGUUUGCUCUGAGCCAAUGGGUAUCGAAUCAGGUUUGUUAAACGAUGCCAUGAUAUCUGUAUCAUCAUCUCUGAAUAACGACUUUCAUUCUGACAAUUUAUCACUUAACAGUACAACGUCAUGGAUACCGUUUACUGCUUCUACGAACCAAUGGAUACAGGUUGAUUUUACCGGACCAAGAAUAAUUACUGGAAUUGUGACGAAAGGUAAUCCUCUGGGUAAUGAAGUUGGCGAAGCGUGGGUCGAAGCUUACAAAGUUAUCUAUAGUAACGACUUGGUGAACUGGAAUAAAAUAUUAGACUCCAAUGAAAAAGAAAAGAUAUUUUCUGGGAAUUUCGAUAGCAGUAGUACACUAAAAAUGUUUUUGGACACUCCCAUUCGAGCGAGAUAUAUUCGAAUUCAUCCUGAAAAAUGGCACAACAAGCCAGCUUUAAGAUUGGAAAUACUCGGUUGCUUUGAAGCAUAUUCUGUCACGCAAACCGUUUUGUUCGAAGUCACCGAGAAGCCUGUUGUGAGCACAUCUAAUUGUAGCAUUUGUCCUGGAAUAGUAGACUACGAAUGCAAGUGUUCUCCGGAAAAAUGGUGGAAUGGCGAAUCUUGUGGCUUGCGUUCUGAAUGCCCUUGCGUUAUUGGUGUUAUGACUUAUCAAAUAGGAACAGUAUACGAUUUAGAAAAUUGUCAGCAGUGUAUGUGUACUAUAGGCGGAGUGCCUAACUGUGCUCCAAAAGUAUGCUCACCCUGUCCACCGGGUGAGGUUUCAACCACUUUGUCAUCGAGCUGCCGGUGUGAAUGUGAACCUUGUAAAAACGGAACUAAGUUAUGUCCUACGUCUAACGUUUGUUUGGAUGAGUCUCUGUGGUGCAAUGGAGUGCAAGAUUGCGCUGACGACGAGAGGAAUUGUCCGGUGACCUCGACAACUACACCGCCACCCCCGCCUACUACUACUACUGCUAAUAUCAUCAGCACCAUAUCAGAGACGGAAGAAGUUAAAUAUGUCGUUCCGAUAAUACCGAUAAAAACAAAAAAAUAUCAUUUUUGCCCUGAAAUCAAAUGUCCCGAAGGACAAAUAGCAAAAAUAUUGAAUACGUUGCCACUGAAGUCUAGUCGUAAAGUCAGGAGCGCUGAGAUCGUUUCGGACGAUCCAUGGCCAUCUCCUUUCAGUCCCGUUACCAACUUGGCGGCUUCUUUGAAGAGAAACCACCGUGAUCCAAUAUUUAGCACCAAAGGGAAUACCAUACGAAGAAAAGGAGCUGCGACGAAUGUUAACUUCAAAUCGGGCGCAGUUAAAAGUGAAAAUCAGGAGCCAAUUUGCAAACAAUGGGUUUGCGAAGCACGCGUGCAACAAGUUCAAUGUAAGACGCCGUUAAUUGCAUGUCCUGAGGGUUACUUUUUACAAAUCACUCCGAACGAGCAUGAUAUCUGCCCGGUGUACACAUGUGUAUCAAGUGGUCUAGAAGAAAGUCAGUGCGAUAUUGACGGAAGGGUAUUUAAAACAUUCGACGGGACCGUUUUCAAGUAUGAAGUGUGUGAUCACAUAAUUUCCAGAGACAGAGUACACAAUAAAUGGAAAAUCAAACAAAUCCGACGUUGUCCAUAUGUCGGCGCUUGUCAACAAUCAUUGUGGCUUGAACAUUUAAACCAUACUAUUGAAUUCUUCCCGAACAUGACGACUACUUUUGACGGAUACCAUUACACAGUUAACCAACUCCAAGCCAUCGGAAGUCAAACAGAACAGUUUGCCGUAAAGCAAGUUCAGACCAAUUAUAUUAUAUUUGCUAGUACAUUAGGUUUCAACAUAAUAUGGCAAGUCAAUGGAAAUGUAAAAAUAAAGUUGAACGCUUUCUACACCGGAAGGGUGGACGGCCUCUGCGGGUUUUUCGAUAACAACCCUAAAAACGAUAAGCUUAAACGUGACGGUGAUAUCGCAUCAACCACUUCGGAGUUCGGACAUUCUUGGGCCGAUUCGAAUUUACAAUGCGAAGCGAAGAUUUGCCCUGUACACGUACAAAAGGAAGCGAUCAAAGCAUGCGAUGCUUUUAGAUCCGAACCGUUGAACCAAUGCGAACAUUUUGUGAACAUCGACGAAUACGUCAUGAAAUGCGUGGAGAGUAUUUGUUCUUGUUUGGAGAACUCGGCAAGUGAAAUGUCGGAAUGCCGUUGUAAAGCCAUUUCGGGUCUUGUGACACAAUGUUACACGACCAACUCAAGUGUAGAGCUCUCCGAUUGGCGACUGUUGCACGACUGCCCUGUAAACUGUCAAUCGCCGUUUGUCUUCAAAGAGUGUUUCAAUCGAGCUUGCGAGCCUAGUUGUGAUAACCUAUUACAAAAUGACCCGUGUCCGAAAUUGCCUGAAAAUUGUUUCCCCGGAUGUUACUGUCCCGAUGGUUACAUCAAAGAAUAUGGAAACUGCAUUAAACCUUCAAAAUGUAGAAACUGCGUUUGCGAGGGAUCCGGAACUAGCCACUACACGACAUUUGACAAAGUCGAUUAUGUGCACAGACAGAACUGUUCACACGUUUUAGUAAAAACCACGAAAGAAAAUGAUUCUGUGAAACCAGGAUUUACCAUAGUGGAAACAACCGGUAAGUGUUCAAGCCCACUACUCAAUAACGGGAUUUGCCUUCAGAAUUUAACAAUUACCCAUGCUGCUCACAAAUUAAGUCUGUCAUACAACGCAGAUGCUUCUAAGAUUUUAACAACCGUCGAUGGUCAUGAAGUUAACAGUACUCCAUUUGCAAACAAAUGGAUGUCCCUUACGGAGUCUCCGGGAAAGUCGAUUAUUGCAAAUAUACCAGUGCUAGAAUUAGAAGUCAUAUUUAUGUUUAUGAAUCAAGGGUUUUCCAUAAAAAUGCCUUCGCAUUUGUAUUACGAUAAAACUGAAGGUUUAUGCGGAAGUUGUAACGGCGACUCUACUGAUGAUAUGGCAGCCCCUGAUGGCAAUAUACCUAGUAACGUGGAUGAGUUUAUCAAAAGUUGGAAAGCUAGCGGAACAGAAUUCGAAAAGUGUGAUUAUGUCACGAAGAACGAAACAAAAGAGGAUACGUGUGAAAUUCCUAAACCGGAAAUAGAUCCAUGUCUUAUUUUAACGGACACUAAACUAUUUGGCCAAUGCCAUCCAAUAGUGGACGUACAGGUACACAUUAAGAAAUGCCAUUCUAUGUUGUGCGAAGGCUCGGAGGGCUCGUUUUGUCACUCUUUAGAAGCUUACGUCCGUGAAUGUCAGUCAUUUGGUAUAUGCUUAGAUUGGAGAUCUCCAAAUUUAUGUCCUUAUUCUUGUCCGCCGGGUUUAAUGUAUAAGGCGUGUAUGUCUGGCUGCGAAGAAACUUGUGAUAAUUACAAGGCUCUGCGAUCUGGGGAAACUACUUGUAACGGACUGUCGACCGAAAUGUGUGUAUGUCCACCAGGGCAAGUAUUCAAUAACAGUGUGUGCGUGAAUGAGAACCGCUGCGAACCUUGUGACAAUGAAAAUCAUUAUGCCGGCGACACUUGGUUAGUUGACCAAUGUACAACAUGCACUUGCACGCCAAGUUCGAAAGCUAUUCGUUGCGAAAAGAAGCAAUGUCAACAGUCAUCGUUUUCAAUUUGUCAAACCGGUUUUAAAUCUGUGAAAGACGAGACUAAAUCGGACGAGUGUUGCGAACAGUACAAAUGCAUUCCAGAAGAAAACCGCGUUCAGAACUGUACAGACAUUAUAAUGCCAGUGUGCGCUGAAGAUCAGAUUGUAAAAAUGGAAUUAACUCCAAAUGGUUGCAAACGAUUCAUCUGUGAAUGCAUUCCGAGAGAUGAGUGUCUUCAGUCUACACCUGAUAAUGACGUCGAACUUCUGCCAGGCAUGGUAAACGUGAUAAACAAUCAGGGAUGUUGUCCUUCGUUCAAGGCAUCUUGUGUACCAGAAACAUGCCCCGAACCGAAACCGUGUGAUUUAUACUACGAGCAAAUCAAAAUUGAAAACCACCAAUGUUGUCCUCAGUAUAAAUGUGAGUUACCGAAUAAUACAUGCAUUUACGAGUACGAAUGGAUAGCAUCAAAUGAAGGUGGCGAGCGUAAGCGAAACAACAACGAGAAAGCAGUGAUCUUAAAACAAUUAAUUGAUACCUGGGAAGACGGGCCCUGUAGAUCAUGUUUUUGUGAUGUUGAUUCAAAGAAAGGAAUGUGCAAUAAGCUCGAGUGCUCUCCUUCGCCGAGUAAUUCUGAGUAUGUGAUGGCAGCUAAAAUGAAAUAUGGCCAAUGCUGUCCUACGUACAAGCGAGAGUCGUGUAUCCAUCAAGGAACAGUGUACAACGUGGGAAGCGAAUGGACCUCUGCAGAUCCUUGCAAAACGUUGAGUUGUAAACUUGAUAGCAACGAUGAAGCAUACGUCCACGAAUCAGUAAAGAGCUGCAAUAGCGAUUGUGCUUUGGGCUGGGCUUAUGUUAAACCAAACAUGCCAAACAAUUGCUGCGGUUCGUGUGUACAAGAUAGUUGUGUAAUGCAAAACAAAGCGUACGCAGAAAACGAUACGUGGACAUACGACAACUGUACAACGUAUUUGUGUGAAAAAUCAGCAUUCAACGAGUUCAAUAUUUUACCGGUGUACCAAAGUUGUCCUAACAUCGGCAACUGCCCGGAGAACAGAAUUUACAAAGACGGUUGUUGCGAACGUUGCAAUGCUACCGGAACCGAAGAAGUAGCCAGUGACAAAUCGUUAUGCGCUCCUGAAAGUUUGCCACUCAACCACACCGUUGGGUUGGUGAUCGAAGAGAGUCUAUUCCACGAUACGUGCACUAACCCGGACGGUAUUGUCGGCUUCACCGAAUGCCGAGGCCUGUGUGAUUCUUACACGUAUUUCAACAAAAAAACGACCAAACACGAUUCCAAAUGUCAAUGUUGUCAACCGAUCCGCUACGAAGAGGUUUCUGUGUCUCUACAAUGUAAGGACGGUUACAGGUAUAAAAAAUCGGUCGCCGUUCCGUCGGCUUGUUCGUGUACGGCCUGUGGUGGAGACAGUUUUUCAUUAAAAAUAUCGAAAAAACAUUAAAUGUUGUAAUUCAGACAAAUUUAAAGUGAGUUACACAAACAGAAUUGUAUAAUAUGUAAUAUGUUUUUAUUGUUCGUUCACUCGUUGUAUUGUUAACACUAAGUAAUAUUGUAAUAAUAAGUAUUAUUGAUAUUUAAUUAAAACUUAGAUAAUAAGAUUAGACA